UCUGUUUAUCGGUACCAAGUCGCCGUCUAAGCGACACAGUCCCAUCCCAGCAGAAUCGCCAGCUAACUAUCCCUCCUUUUUCAUUUUCCUUAAUCUCAUUGUCCUUCAGAAUCUCGAAACUCCUGCGCUGAGGAUGGGGGGAGAUGAAUUCGAUUCCAUUGACCAACCGACUUUGGAGGAAUGCAGUGUAUAUUAAUUUUGUCUGUUGUAUGGUUUUUUGAGGUGGUGGCAAUUUGGAUCUUUCCCCCCUCCUCUUCCUCCAUGGAUGGUAGUGUACGAGCUCGUUUCCCACUCGGAAAACAGUCAUCGCUCAAGCCGGAACGUGAAGAUUCGGCUGUGGUUACCGAUGAGCUUGAUGAUUCGAUCGUGAUUGACCCUGGGAUUAAGCUCAUGUACCUGGCGAAUGAUGGCGAUUCGGAUGGGAUUAGGGAGCUACUGGAUUCGGGUACCGACGUGAAUUUUCACGACACUGAUGGCCGAACCUCUUUGCAUGUUGCUAGUUGUCAGGGCAGGCUGGACGUCGUUGAGUUGCUCCUCGAACGUGGUGCAGAUGUCGACGUUCAGGACCGAUGGGGCAGCACGCCUCUUGCAGAUGCCAUAUAUUACAAGAAUCAUGAUGUGAUCAAACUCUUAGAAAAACAUGGUGCAAAGCUACCGAUGGCUCCAAUGGUAGUGCAAAAUGCUCUUGAAGUUCCGGAAUAUGAGAUCGAUCCAAAUGAACUUGAUUUUUCUAAGAGUGUGAACAUUACAAAAGGAACUUUCUGCAGUGCUUCUUGGCGUGGAAUUGAAGUUGCCGUGAAGACACUAGGCAAGGAUGUUUUCUCCGACGAGGAUAAAGUGAAGGCAUUUAGGGAUGAACUUGCUUUACUACAGAAGAUACGGCAUCCUAAUGUUGUGCAAUUCCUGGGAGCUGUAACACAAAGUAGUCCAAUGAUGAUUGUCACAGAGUAUUUGCCCCAGGGGGACCUUCAUGCAUUCUUGGAGUGUAAAGGUUCCUUGAAGCUACCAACAGUUGUAAAGUUUGCUCUUGACAUUGCAAGGGGAAUGAAUUAUUUGCAUGAGCAUAAACCUGAAGCAAUAAUCCAUCGUGAUCUUGAACCUUCAAACAUACUGCGGGAUGAUUCUGGACACCUGAAAGUUGCAGACUUUGGAGUUAGCAAACUUCUAAAAUUUUCUAAUAGAGUUAAAGAAGACAGACCUGUGGCUGUGACAUGUCAGGAGACUUCAUGGAAAUAUGCUGCACCUGAGGUUUAUAAAAAUGAAGAAUAUGAUACGAAAGUGGAUGUGUUUUCAUUUGCUUUGAUAUUGCAAGAGAUGAUAGAAGGCAAUCCACCUUUUUCAACAAAGCCAGAAAAUGAAGUACCCAAAGCUUAUGUAGCUAAUGAACGGCCACCAUUUACGGCUCCACCUAAGCGUUAUCGGCAUGGAAUACAGGAACUAAUCCGGGAAUGUUGGGAUGAGAAGCCACAUAAAAGACCCACAUUUCGGCAAAUAAUCGAAAGGUUGGAGGAUAUUAACACUCAACUUAUGCAAACAAGAAGCUUGAAGGUGAAUCCAUUCUGCAAUUGUUUCCGGAACCUGAAAGCCUUAUUUACAAGUGAAAGGACUAAUCCAGGCAGCAGAUCUUCUUACUCGGAAGCCAAAUGACAUCCACAGAGAAGAAAUAUCCUUCAUCUUUGUAGUUGAUGUAAUGACGCCCCAUGAAGACCUGAUACCUUGCUAAACAAGAUUAUGAGACCAGCAGCUCAUCUUGGCACAAUGCUCAGCAAUUAUGGGGCCAAAAUCUUACUGGGGAAAUCAUCGUAUCGGCGUAUUAACCUGAUAUCUAUUUUGGCUCGUGACGUUCUAAAAAGUAACUAUUUUGGUCAUUAAUAUAAUAAUAUUAUACAAGUUACAGAAUA